AAUGGAGCCAAAUGUUUCAACAAACUAAAUUUAAAAUACCAAUUCGAUUAAAAAAAACCACGAAUCAGGCAAAUCCUGUUAUCGCAAAAGAUUUCAAAAUUCCAUUUUUCAAUCUUUAAUACAUCAUUAAUGGACUGGAUUCAAAGAAACAUCUUCCCAAAAAAUGCCCUUAAUAAAUUACUAAAUGAACUUUCAUUUUCAAUUUUUCUUUUAUUCUUUUAUACGGUGCUAUUAGAGACAUCAAGUUUACUUAUUGAUUUUCCAUUUAAAAAAUUUGUAAACUUUAAAUUUGAGAUCGCUGAUUCAUGUGGGUUUUAUUCAAAUUUAGAAAAAUCUGAAAUUAUUCUAUUUUUCCCAGAUAUGAAUCAUUAUGAAUUCAAAUUUGAUGGUUCUUCUACCCCUCCGUUCCAACUUUUAAACAAAGAAUUUGAAAACAUUCGACAAUUAUUUGCUGGUUUAGAUUCUCACGAGCAUUUUAGGUAUAACUUUACACUAGCCGUUAAAAAUGCAAUUUAUAUUACUGAUUGUAUCGGUGCUAAUUAUCACACAUUAAACAAAGAUGUUGGUAUUGUGGAAUCAGCUUUGGAUGGUUUUGGCUGGAUGAAACUUUUUACGCAAUUGGAUGCCGUCGAAUUGUUGAAAGAACCAGGAGUAAUUGAUAUUAAAAGAAUGAGAGAGCUUCUUGAUCUUCACGCUGAGCUGGAGAAGUGGGUGUUUUGUCACCACUUUUUCUCAACUCGACUCAAUUAUAUCAAUGGGGUUGAUGAUGCUAACUCCUAGGGGAAAGUUCAAAUUAACUCAAAUUCAAACCUCUGAUUGUUUUUCUAAUUUUUCUUUUAUUUAAUGUUUUAUCAUCAAACCCGUUAUAAGACCGAAUUAAUUUUAUAUCUAAAAUCAUGUCAUAUAUUAUAAGGUGAAGUGGAACAAUAUUCUUCUCAAACAGAUGUAUGCUUGUUCUUUUUCUUACUUUUGUCUUUGGCGUUCAACAGGCUUUGAUGAAGAUAGCGAAAAUCGUCAAUGCUAUCUUCUUUAAAAUUUUCUUUAAAAUUCAUGUUACCAUGGUCUUCAGCGUGUUUUUUCGGUAGCCAAAAGCAAAUUAUUCAAAUUAUUGUUGGGAAAUUCUUCUUCGUUAUCGCUUUGCUCUUCAAUGAUAGAACCUUUGCUAACUUGUUUAUCAUUCUUGGAUAAAG